AUGGCCCUCUCCGAUGCAAAUAUGGCGUCUUCUGCUGUAGACCCAACCAGGCCUACACGACCUGAAAUCCCAGCAGCAUUCAAGAAAUUCUCGCUGGAGGGCAAGGUCGCCGUCAUUACAGGAGGUGCCCGUGGUCUUGGGUUUUCAAUGGCUCAGGCCAUCUCUUCAUGCAAUCUGGCAGGGAUUGCCAUUCUGGAUGUGCUGCAAGAAGCCGGCGAUGAAGCGGCUGCUGCGCUCCAUGCAGAGUUUGGCAUUCCCAGUGCAUUCUACAAGAUCGAUGUGCGUGACGAAAAGGCAGUGAGCGAGACCAUUCAGGGCAUCAAGCACGAUUUCGGUCGUGUCGACAUACUCAUCUGCUCAGCUGGUAUCUGCGACAAUAUUAAAGCGGAGAACUAUGAAGCGGAUCGCUUUAGGCGUGUUAUGGAUAUCAAUGUGACUGGAUCCUUCUUGUGUGCGCAAGCUUGUGCUCGCGAAAUGAUUGAGCAGAAGCAAGGCGGCAGCAUCAUCUUCAUUGCCAGUAUGUCUGGCCACAUUGUCAACUAUCCACAGCCUCAGAGCGCCUACAACGCCAGCAAAGCAGCAGUACUCAUGCUCGCCAAGUCUCUUGCGGCAGAGUGGUCACCUUAUGCAAUUAGAGUCAACACCAUCUCGCCAGGCUACAUGGCAACCAAGCUCACAGACACAGAGGCAUUCCGUGAGCUUAAGACGACAUGGGCUGCGAGGACCCCGCUUGGUCGCCUUGGCCAAGACUACGAGCUCAAUGGUAUCGCUCAAUUCCUUGCUUCUGAUGCCAGCAGCUUCAGUACAGGUGCAGAUUACCUCAUAGAUGGCGGUUAUACAAUCAUGUAA